GAGGAAACUAAAGGAAAUGCCAUUGGAAAAUGAUCAAUGUGUUUGUGAUUUUCUUGCGUACCUAAACAAGGUAAAAAUCAAACUACCAAGUCUUUAUGAAUUUAAAUCAUCACAUUUGAUACCUCGUGCUUCAGUAUAAUAGAUAAUUAAGAGAACAGGAACUUAACAGGAUCUCAACAUUAAUUUGCAGUAUGCUUAAGACAAGUUCAAGUGACAAAGAAUUACAUGAUCUCGAAGAGUGGAUUGAAAGCAAUGAAAUUAUGGAUGAAAAUAAAACAGAUGGCACAAAACUGGAUGAUAAUGCCAAUCUUACCAAAAAUGAAGAUGAAGUUGAAGUUGAAAAAGGAGAACUAGAGUCUUUGGAAAAUGAAAUUAAUGCGAUUAAAGUAAAAUCGGAUAAAAUUGAAGGUGAAUUAGAUGAUCUUGCUCAAUUGGAGGAAGUUAAUUCACCAAGGAGUAAAAGCAGGGCCAGCAACAUAAGUAUUGGGUGUUUUAGUAAACUCCGCAAUAAAAGUCCAAGUAAAUAUUCAACACAUUCAGACAGGGAUUUAUGUUUUGCAGAACUUACAACUCUAGUCGACAAGGCCAUAAAGGAGCUUAACAAAGAAACAGCUCGUUACUGCAGCCUUGUUGUCUCAUUAGGAGCCUCACAUGAUUCAAUCACUUUACGAGAAGAAUUGAAAAAGUCACGUAGGAAAGCUCAUGAGCUUGCAAAAUCAAACAAAUCUAAGCUGCUGCCCCAUCUUCGAAAGGCGAUGAAAAAUAAACAUCUCAAAGAAGAUGAAAUAAGUGAUAUAGAAAAACUCUGGAACACAUUCUCUACUUGUGUUGAGGUCCUCAACAACCAACUUCAUCAGACAUUACGCUUGCAGAAACAUUUUAUUUUGGGAAGCUCAGUUUUGAUCAACACGGGUGUACAGGAUAUAUGGGGAGGCAAGAAGAGCCAAUGUUCAAGUUCCUCUGACACAAUUGCCUCAAAUAGCAACAGAAGCCCCCAACACAGUGAUCUAGAACUGCUUGAAAAUGAUAUACUUGAGAUUAAAGAAAUGCUACUUGAGAUGCAUCAACAGGUUGAUGUCAAACCCUGGGCCAUAGAAUGUGAUGUAAAUACAGAUAGAUAUGCAGAUUCUAAAUCCUUGAACUCAGUUGACAGUGACAUUGAGGGAGAAUCAGGGACAGAUCCUGAGGCAAGAUCAAGGCUUUGUACAAUAUUAUAAACUCACUCCAAGUAGCCAACCCCAAUUGUGCCGGAGCAUGUAUGUGACGUGUACAUAAUGUGACUCAUAUACUGUGAAAUUGUGUGCCUUCAGGAUAAGGAUAUAAAACUAAAAGAUAAUAUUGUAAAAAAGGAAUAGAUUAUUUGAAGAUUAUACAAUUAUGUUGACAUAAAACACAGACACGAUUCCUCAGCAGCAAUGAAAACAAAUCACUUUCUGUUAUUAAAGUAAUUUGAAUUCUCUGUGUUUAAGAAAUGCUGUGUGC